AAGGGCAUAGAGAUCUCAUAGCUCACUGCCUUCUCAAGUGUCCUCCAUCUUCUCAAAGCUUUUUCCUUCGGAUUUAUAGUGGUAUACCGUUGCAGCAAUUCACAUUUCUCUUUCUUCUUAUUCUACCAUUAUUUCCUUAUAGAUUUGAGCACUAUUGUUUGGCUCGACUCUUAGCAUUGUUGGUAUUUGGAGCUUCAAAAAAUUGUUAGGAGAAAUAGUCCACGCUUAAAGUUUUAAUUAGAUAAGAAGAUAGAAAGAGCCAAAGGAGAUACAUAGAGAGUCAAAGUAGCUAGAAUGGAAAUGGGGGAUAUGGAAAGAAGCAUAGAGUCUUCUUUCCAUCAGCAUGCUGAUACAGUAGAUCAGUUACAGUCGGCGGCAAUAUUUGAAAGAUUACCCACAUGCAAUGGACUUCAAACGUCUUUAUGUGAUAAUGAUGAGCAUGUGAAUGAGGGAAAUGGACAGAAGGGUAAGACAAUGGUUGAUGUUGCCAAGGUUGGAGCACUAGAGCGGCACUUGUUCAUCGACCAACUUUUGAAGGAAAUUGAGGAAGACAACCUCCGGCUGUUAAAGAAACAGAAAGAAAGAAUAGACAAAGUGGGAUUGGAAUUGCCGAGUGUGGAAGUAAGAUUCCAGAAUUUGUCUAUAGAGGCAGAAUGCGAGGUAGUUCGUGGAAAACCCAUCCCUACUAUUUGGAACACGCUCAAUCAUGUCAUUGUUGGUGUGACACGUACUAUUGGGUGCAAUUCUCAAGCAAACAAGAUAAGAAUUCUCAAAGAUGUCAGUGGCAUCAUCAAGCCUUCAAGGUUGACUUUAUUGCUUGGCCCUCCAGGCUGUGGGAAAACCACUUUGUUACAGGCACUUUCAGGGACAUUAGAUCAAUCUCUCAAGGUCACAGGGAAGAUAUCCUAUAAUGGCUAUAAGUUCAAUGAGUUCGUUCCUCAAAAGACAUCAGCUUAUAUAAGCCAAUAUGACCUGCAUAUUUCUGAAAUGACUAUGAGAGAAACACUGGACUUCUCAGCACGUUGUCAGGGCAUUGGGGAUAGAGCAGGUAUUUUGAAAGAACUUUGUAAAAGGGAGAAGCAAGCUGGAAUUAUCCCUGAACCAGAUAUCGACACUUACAUGAAGGCCAUUUCUAUUGAAGGAUUAAGAAAAAAUCUCCAAACGGACUAUAUAUUGAAGAUCCUCGGGCUAGAUGAUUGCACUGACACACUUGUAGGAGAUGCAAUGAAAAGGGGAAUUUCAGGUGGUCAAAAGAGAAGGUUGACAACAGGGGAAAUGAUUAUUGGUCCAACAAAAGCGAUAUUUAUGGAUGAGAUAUCAAAUGGUUUAGACAGUUCCACUGCCAUUCAAAUUGUUACCUGGCUGCAACAUCUAGCACACAUAACAGGGUCCACCAUUUUUGCAUCACUUCUACAGCCAGCACCUGAGACCUUUGAUCUCUUUGAUGACAUAAUCUUAAUGGCAGAAGGGAAGAUUGUAUACCAUGGGCCUCGCACCAAUGUAUUAGCAUUCUUUGAGCAUUGUGGCUUUCGGUGCUCACCACGAAAAAGCAUAUCGGACUUCCUCCAAGAAGUAAUAUCUGAAAAGGAUCAACAAAAGUAUUGGCAUCAUGAAGACCAAUCCUACAGUUACGUCUCAAUCAACAAAUUUGUAAGUUCAUUCAAGGAAUAUCACUUGGGAGAGGAGCUAGAUGAGGAACUUUCUAGGCCUCCCAAUAAAUCAGAGUGCCAUGAAAAGGCUUUGUCAUUUGACACUUACUCAUUGAGGAAAUGGGAGUUAUUCAAAGCAUGCAUGUCUCGAGAAUGGCUGCUUAUGAAGCGUAACUCAUUUGUUCAUGUAUUCAAAUCAGCACAACUUGUGGUCAUUGCACUUGUAACAAUGACAGUGUUUCUACGCACGCAGAUGAAGAUUGAUGAGGUUCAUGCAAAUUACUACCUAGGGUCCAUAUUUUACGCUCUUAUUAGAUUUGUGAGCGUUGGUAUUCCAGAGUUGUCAUUGACAGCUUCCAGGCUUGGAGUCUUUUUCAAGCAAAGAGAUUUAUACUUUUAUCCAGCAUGGACUUAUUCCAUUCCAGCUGCCAUUUUAAAGAUUCCAUUUUCAUUUCUAGAUGCUCUUCUUUGGACUAGUCUUACUUAUUAUGUCAUUGGCUACAGCCCUGAACCGGAAAGGUUCAUCAGUCAACUCCUCCUCCUAUUCCUUUUACAUCAAAUAUCGGUAUCAUUGUUCACGUUAAUUGCCUGCGUUUGCCUAAAUCCAUCAGUUGCAGCACCAUGCGCUCUUCUCUCCAUGAUUGUAACAUAUCUAUUUGGUGGCUUUGUGAUUCCAAAGUCUUCUCUACCUACUUGGUUGCAGUGGGCCUUUUGGCUUUCUCCUUUGACAUACGCAGGAAUAGGUGCUUCAAUAAAUGAGUUUCUUGCUCCAAGGUGGCAGAAGGUUUCAUCUUCAAACAUCACCAUGGGGCAGCAAGUUCUUCAAAUGCGUGGUCUAAAUUUCAGUGGCUACUUUUACUGGAUAUCAGUAGGAGCAUUACUUGGAUUUUGGAUGGUUUUCAACAUUGGAAUUGCCUGUGCUAUGAGUUAUUCAAAGUCUCCAGGGAGAUCCCGGACUCUGAUUUCACACGAAAGGCUCUCUAUUUUGAAGGGAAAAGAAAAUUUGUGUAUUUUACCUCCAAAAAAAGAAUUGCCUCCCAUUGAUGUCCCAGCAACUGUGGAAGAAAGCAAAAGAAUGGGGGUGGUUUUACCUUUUGAGUCCAUAACAAUUUCAUUUGAGAAUAUGCAAUACUAUGUUGAUAUCCCCAAGAAAUUCAGAAAGCAAGGUUUUGCUGAGAAAAGACUACAGCUUCUUCAAGAUAUUACAGGUGCAUUCAGGCCUGGAGUCCUUACAGCUUUGAUGGGAGUUAGUGGAGCAGGGAAAACAACAUUGAUGGAUGUUCUUUCAGGAAGAAAAACUGACGGAGUUAUUGAAGGUGAGAUAAGAAUUGGAGGGUACCCUAAAGUCCAGGACACAUAUUCCAGAAUAUCUGGUUAUUGUGAGCAAAGUGACAUACAUUCUCCAAUGCUUUCAAUAGAAGAAUCAGUGGCAUACUCAGCUUGGUUGCGUUUGCCAGCUCAAAUUGAUACAUCUACAAAAACUGAAUUUGUAUCAGAAGUUCUUCAGAUGAUUGAGCUUGAUGAUAUCAAAGAUGCUUUAGUUGGCAUCCCUGGCAUUACUGGUAUAUCCACUGAGCAACGAAAACGGCUUACAAUAGCAGUAGAGCUUGUUUCUAAUCCAUCCAUCAUAUUCAUGGAUGAACCCACCUCUGGUUUAGAUGCCAGAGCUGCUGCAGUCAUUAUGCGAGUUGUGAAGAAUAUAGUUAGUACAGGAAGAACAGUCGUGUGCACCAUUCACCAGCCAAGUACUGACAUAUUUGAAGCAUUUCAUGAGUUGAUGUUGAUAAAAAGAGGAGGGCAAAUAAUAUAUUCUGGAGAGCUGGGUCAGAAUUCUAGCAAGCUUAUUGAUUAUUUGGAGGGUGUUCCUGGGGUUCCAAAGAUCAAAGAAAAUUACAACCCAGCGACAUGGAUGUUAGAGGUCACUAGUGCUUUUUCAGAAGCUAAACUAGGAUUAGAUUUCGCAAAUCUUUACAAAGAGUCUAAUCUGUGCAGGGAAAACAAAGAACUCGCUAGAAAACUAAGCUCUCCUGCAGAUGGUUCAGAGGAACUACGUUUUUCUACUCGCUUUUCACUCCAAGGAUGGGAACAAUUCAAUGCAUGCCUCUGGAAACAACAUCUAUCCUACUGGAGAAGUCCCAAAUAUAACUUGGCGCGCUUGUCAAUCAUCAUUGUAUCUUCUUUAUUAUUUGGAGCAGCUCUUUGGCAGAAAGGAAAGAAAAUAUUACGUGAAGAGGAUGUUUUCAACAUAGCAGGAUCGAUGUUCAUUCUCAUGCAGUUUGUGGGAGUCGGCAACUGCUCAGGUGUUCAACCAUAUAUAGCCACUGAACGCACUAUUGUAUAUCGUGAAAGGUUUGCCGGAAUGUACUCCUUGUGGGCAUAUUCAUUUGCACAGGUGAUUGUAGAGAUUCCAUAUGUACUUCUUCAAGCACUUUUGUUCUCCAUAAUCACAUAUCCAGCAAUAGAUUUCUACUGGUCUGCAUUUAAAGUAUUCUGGUACUUCUAUACCGUGUUUUGUACGUUCCUCUUUUACACUUAUUUUGGUAUGCUGCUCGUUUCUUUGGCCCCAAGUUACCUAGUGGCUUCAGUCUUGGCGGGUUUCUGGUACACCAUGUUGAAUUUGUUCUCAGGGUACCUCAUACCCGGACCAAAAAUUCCCAAAUGGUGGAUUUGGGCUUAUUGGAUUUGCCCGACUGCCUGGUCCCUAAAUGGUUUCCUUGCUUCACAAUACGGUGACAUGGAGGAGGAAGUAAUAGUACAUGGAGAACGCAAAGCAAUCAAUGCCUUUAUACAAAGUUAUUUUGGCUAUUACUAUGAUCAUUUAGAUUAUGUAGCAAUUGUUCUUUUUGCAAUUCCACUUGUCACUGCAUUUGCUUUUGCAUGUGCUAUAGCAAAACUGAACUUUGAAAGAAGGUAGAUCAGAGAUGCUCCUCUCAAGUUGUAACAUGAAACUUUGACCUUUUUUCCAUUAUAAUUUAAUAACUCUAAGAUGUCAUAUAUAUAUAUAUAUGGACAUCCACAUA